UGACACGACAAUCAAAUGUCACAUCAUAUAAGUAUAAUAAGUAACAUUUUUCAUGAGUAAAUAAACCGAAUUACUUAUAUGAGAUAAAAAUAAAAAUAACAAAUAAUUUUUACUUUUCUAUAUGAAUAAUCCAGCUAUAGACUUAGGUUAAAAAUAUAUACUAAAAAUGGGGUGCUGUUAUAGUUUUUUUUGCAAAGAUGACACUACCUCGCAGCCAGGAGAAGCUAACGAAAGAACACAUCUACUAAUAGACCCAGUUUCAAGUAACACAAAUAUCCAGAGGGUUAACAGCGAAGAUAUAUUAAGCCGCAAUCUAAAUAAUUUACCUAAAAAGACUGAUGAGCAAUCCGCAUUGAACAGAAUACUACAAGAAACUGCUACGAAUGUUAUAGAUGUUGCUGCCUUAGAUUCCCACAAUUUACAACAACACGAAUAUUUAGAAAGGAUGAAGAUUUACAACGUUAGGGUGCAACAAGUUUUGGCUAGUAAUAAACAUAAGUACAUCAAAAAAUUAAACUUUAUUUUGCAAGAUAUACCUAAUCCUGAUAAGGUGCUUAGUUCGGAAUCAAUAAGUGUCGAUGAUCUAAAUAUGAUAACUUCCUUUGUAAGUUCAGCAGAUGCAGCCAUUAAUGAAAUUAAAGUAGAACACAAAGAAGAUCUUGUGGUACCGUUCGGUCUUAAUGGUUAACUAUAUUUGAUUGAAUAAUUCAUAUUACACAAACUUUAUAUAUUGCAAGUAGAUGUUUAAAAAAUGCUCGUUCAUUUAUCUUUACUAUAACAUCAAUCUAAAAUUCAAUUUUUAUGAUAGCUGCCACACAAUCAAACUCGUUUUAUUCAAUUAUUUGCACAAAAAUUGAAGUGCAUGUUUAUAAAUAUUGUAUUUUCGAACAGUGUUGGAGUAGGCAAUUUUGGCUCUAACAUAUUUAGUUCUUCAUAAUAUAAAAAUGAUUCUACAUAAAAGAGUGUUAGAGAUAACAUCCCCAUAAUUUUAACAAAAUGGAGCAAAAUUAAACCUAAAUAUAUGUUUUUAAGUAGAUUUUAUAUUUUUCUGUCUUAUAUGUAUUGAUAAUUUUUUAUUCAUGUAUCGUUUUUUUUUUUUAAUUUAUCUUACUUAAUUUUCUAUUUUGCGAGAUAUGGACGAUUUUUUUUAUAAAGAAACUGUUGAUUUUAAGGGUUUAUCUAUUUGUCAUUUGUUAAACUAAUGAGGGUGUUACCUCUAACCCUGUAUAAAAUAAAAUGUAGUAUUCAUAUUUUUUGAAGUGAUACUUCUUAUGACCCCGCAUGGCCUGAAUAAUAUGAAGAGUGAAAUGAUAAAAAACGACACAUUUUGAUUUUCAGACACCUUGAUAGCCUUGAAAUCCCAUUCCGACUGUGUACGAAUAAAUUCAAAUAAAUUAAAUGACUAAAGUCAUAUUUUCUAAUUCAUCCCAUUUCUUUUUUUUUUUUAGUUUCAGAGGGAAUUGGUCUAAGAGGUUUCACUUCUAUUAUGCGUUUGAUAACACAAAUUCUUUUUUUCUAAUAACUAACAAAUCAUAUUUUUCAAUAAACAAAUAUACCUUAAUGAAUGAAAACUGGAAUAUAUUCUUUAUUAAUAUCAUAAUAUUACCUUUAAUAUCAUGCAUAUUAUGGAUUAAUUAUAUUUAUUGUUAUAUAGAACAGAUACAAAUAUUAUAUUUUUAAGUCAAAAUUAUAUCCUAUAGUUAUAUUAUAAUUUUUUAAUCGAUCACAAUGAUUGCUUUAAACGAAAUCAACAAUAUUGGACAGCAUUACUCAUUUAUCUGACUUGGAAUCAGCUUGUAAUUGAACGUAGUCUGACACUGUUUUUAAAAUAAUGACAGGAUGAUUUUGUG